AGCAGAAGAUGUAUAAAAUCAUCUCUCUCUCUUUCUCUCUCUAUGUAUCUCUCUUAACACAGAAAAAACAGAGCAUUUCAUUUCAUUUUAUCACAAAAGAAGAAAAAAAGAACAACAAAGAACAAAAUAUUUUUUCAAUAUCUUUCACCAUUCUCUCUACAAAACCAAAAACUAUAAUCUAAGAUCUUAAUUUUCAUUACUGAAUGCUUAACGCAAAGGAUCUGCUAUUCAUCUUCUAAUUUAUUCAACAUAAAUUAUAAGGUAUUCAAUCGCUUCAAUUGUUAAUUUCAAAGUUAAUUAUUCUUCUGAAGAGUGCAUUUCUUGGUUCAUUGUUGUAUUUUCAAGAUACACAGUGCUAUGCAAAAUUUCGAAAUUCUGGAUUCUAUGAUGAAAAAGUGGUAGAUCGAAGCUCUGAAAUGUCAUUGUUAGUUGGAUUUUAGUGGCUUCGAUCGAUAGUUGUGAAGCAGUUCUGGAUUUUCUCUUCAUCUUAAAUUUCUUCUGAAGAAAUCGAAAAUUUGUCUCAUUUUCUUUUGGUUGAUGAUGUACCAGAAGAAUUUGAUUAUUCACUAAUUGGCGGAGGUAGUGAUGGAUAAAGAGUCACUUAACAACCAUGACAAUAGUAAUAACAUUGUCAGUUUGAGAGAUGAUGAUAGAGACAAAAAUGGAGGAGGAGAUGGGUCUGGCUCCUUGUUAUUGAGAGCUAGCUCUGAUGGCUUUAGACAAUCAACGACGUCAGAUUUAGUGUUGCAAUGGGGAAACAGAAAGCGAUUAAGGUGUAUGAAGGUACAAGUUAAACAAGAUUCUUUAAACCCGGUUCAGAGGACAACUGUUAGAGUCGACCGGAGAGUAAUUAGAACCGAAAAAGAUACUUCAAACCGGUUUGCAACAUCCGUUACUGAUAAUAAUGUUAUCAAUAGUCAUAGUCAUAAUAAUCAAAAUCAGAGUAACGGGUAUCCUAGUCUCCGUCAACGCGCCCCUUCUCCGCAACAACCUCCUCCAAGGAUUCUCAGGAACACAGAGAAUUCAGGUGGCAUGAGAGGAACCCAAAUGAACGGAAGUGCUAGGGGAAUUGCUUCACCAGAGAGAAGAGGAGGGACCCACCUUAAUGAACAACACAAUAAUAAUAAUCACAACAAAUCUGCAGGUUCAUCUGAUAACGCUUUGGAUGGCAAGAAAGGUGGGGGGUCAUCUUCAGGGAGUGGUGAUGCGACACCAGCGGUUUGGCCACCAAAAUUUGUGAUUGCCUUAACAAACAAGGAGAAGGAAGAAGAUUUUAUGGCUAUUAAGGGAUCUAAGUUGCCUCAGAGACCUAAGAAAAGAGCCAAAUUGAUACAACGUACCCUCAAUCUCGUAAGUCCAGGUACAUGGCUAUCCGAUCUCACCUUGGAACGAUAUGAAGUUAGGGAGAAGAAAAUAACCAAAAAGAGACCAAGAGGAUUAAAAGCAAUGGGUAACAUGGAUUCCGAGUCUGAAUAGAAGCAAGGAAAUGAGGAAAGGGUAUAAUAGCAAAGGAAUAGACCAUAAAAAAAACUCUUACUUUAUGCUGUGGCUAUUGAUGUGAGAAAUGUUGGGCUAGUGUAAAGUAAAAUCGAAUAUAAAUUACUUGAUUUUGAUCUGUUUUUCUCACUUUUGUUCUCUAAAACUUUCCAUAAUUGUGAAGGAUAAGGGGCCAUUUUCAGCUGAAGGAUGGGCUUCAAGCCUUGGAUGUCGGA